CCCACCCCGCAACACGCCUCCGAUUCCUCGCGCGCCUCAAUUUCGUUUGGCGCGCGCAUGUCCUGUCGAUCCGCCUCUAUCCGUCCGUACCAGCGGCGAAGUCGGGCGGCUCUGCUCUCUGCUGCGAGCGGCUAGGGUUUCAGCCGAGCUCCGGGGCGCCGGGGGAUGGCGGCUCAGGGAGGCGAGGCGGCUGCCGGAUCCGACCCCAAGCCCAACGAGGGCUGGAGCGUAGAGCAGCCAAGCUCAUCUCAGUACCAACCUUCAGCAUCUGGUCAUCAUGCGUGGUCUUCUUCAAGUGGGGCUUCAUGGAACUAUCCAGUGGAUAAUUCAAACCAAAAUGCAGUUUACUAUGAUCCACAAAGGGAUGUCUCAGUUUCAGGAGCUACUCAAAAUGUGACAAGUGGUGCACCUCAUGUGACUCAACCGGCUGUUGGCACAGCUAAUGCAACCAAUACUUAUGCACCUUACUCAAAUUCUGUUCAACCUGGCUACAAUGCUGCACAUUAUCCAAACUAUUAUUAUAAUUAUCCACAACCAGCAACCGAUUCUUCUGUUCACCAAGGAGUAGAUCAAAGUUCAGGUGCUGCAUAUCAGCCUCUUACUUCAUUUCCAAAUUCAGGAUCUUACGUUGGUCCUACAAGUAACUCAUAUUAUAAUGCUGGUGCUGAUCAGACUGCGCAAGCAUAUGCUACCAACAACUAUUAUUAUCAAAAGAAUGCCUGGUCUGGAGGAAGUUCUGGAGAUGUUCACGCCCAGACAUAUCAGACUUACACUCCAUCAGAUACUAAUGCUGCCCAAAGUUCUUGUUCUCUGCCCACCACUUCUUUCCACUAUCCUCAACAGUACAACCAGUGGUCUAAUUAUUAUGACCAGCCUGCACCAAACUGCGGUGGCUUCGCAGUUGCCGGCAGCAGUGCUUCUGAUACAAAAUCUGCUAGUGUCGGUUCUGGUUAUGCAUAUCCCAGUACCCAGCCACCUCCACCAGGUACUACCCAACGGAAAAAUGAUGCUGUUGCACCUACUGCACCUCCCCAGGCAGCGGGAAUCACAGGGUUUCAAAGCCAGCACGUCAACCAGGCACCAGGCGCCCCAGGUUUUCAAAGCCAGCACGUCAACCAGGCACCAGGCGCCCCAGGUUUUCAAAGCCAGCAUGUCAACCAGGCACCAGGUGCCCCAGGUUUUCAAAGCCAGCACGUCAACCAGGCACCAAGCGCCCCAGGUUUUCAAAGCCAGCACGUCAACCAGGCACCAGGCGCCCCAGGGUUUCAAGGCCAGCAUGCCAACCAGGCACCAGGUGCCCCAGGGUUUCAAAGCCAGCAUGUUAACCAGGCACCAGGCGCCCCAGGGUUUCAAAGCCAGCACGGCAACCCGUCACCAGACACUCCAGGGUUUCAAAGCCAGCAUGUCAAUCUGGCACCAGUCACACCAGGGUUUCAAAGCCAGCAUGUCAACCCGUCACCAGACACUCCAGGGUUUCCAAACCCCUAUGCUAAUAAGACAGUUGCUGUCUCAGGGUUUCAGAACCAUUAUGCCAACCAGGCACCAGCUUACCAACAAAACUCUACAAGUCAUAGCCAGUUACCAUUAAGUAACCAACGAGAUCAACAGAAAGCUUUGCAUGCGCAAGGUCAAAGCUCAAAUGUUUAUUCAGUCAAUCAUGUUAAUGAAAACUCUCAACCAACUUUGCAGUGUUUUACGAAAACAGUUGCCAGUGUAAAUAAAGUACACAUCCCGACAAACCCUCGAAUAGCUCCAGGUUUCCCAAUGUCAAUGCCCCAAACUGGGAAGAAAUUAGAAGUUGAUUCAUCGCUAAAACCUGCUUAUGUUGGUGUUAACAUGCCCAAGAAUGAUGUGAAUGCAGCUCAAGAUGGUCAUGGAGCUGCAAUUCAGGGAUCAUUCCCUGUUUCACUUUGUACUUAUGUCGAGCGGAAUCUUUCCCGUUGCAAGGAUGAUGCCCAGAGAUCUGCCACCCAAAGCAUCAUGAAGGAGAUAAUCACCAAGGCAACUGCUGAUGGGACCCUUCAUACUAAGAACUGGGACAUUGAGCCGUUAUUAGCUUUGCCAGAAAAUGCCAAAGGCACAUUUAUGACAAGCAACGCAAAGGAUUCAAGUCCGUUCUCCUUUUCAACAUCUAGGAGGAGCCCGAGUAGACGUACGAAAAGUAGGUGGGAGCCAGUUGCAGAGGAAAAAGUAACUAACAACGUGGAAGUUUCGAAAGAGCCAGCAAAAAGUAAUGCCUGCACUACUUGGGAAAAUACUAGAAGAACGGGUAACACUUGGAAUCUUGGAAACUUUGUCCAGUCGCGUCAGGCUCCUCCAAGCCAAUGGAAUCAGAGGCCCUCCAAAAAGCAGCGGAUUGGUGGUAAUACGAAUCUAACAAAAAACGGGAAUGCUUCAAGUGACAGUGAUAAGGAGCAGGAUCUUACGAAAUAUUAUGCCAGUUCAAUUGCACUAACAAAUUCACCCGAGGAGAAGAAGCGACGGGAGCAUAGAUCUAAGCGAUUUGAACGUGGUCAGGGUGCAUCAUCAAAAUCUAUGAGUUCCAUACCACAUAAGAAUGGAGCAGCCAAUGUAUACACAAGGGGAGCCAUUUCAAUGCUUAAUAAUAUAAGUAAUGGAGAUGGUGCUAGCUUGGCAGUGGAGGACAUCGACUGGGACGCACUUACAAUUAAGGGAACAUGUCAGGAAAUCGAGAAACGAUAUCUACGCCUUACAUCCGCUCCUGAUCCAGCCACUGUAAGGCCAGAAGAUGUCUUAGAGAAAGCUCUUCACAUGGUUGAAACAUCUGAAAAGAAUUACCUCUAUAAAUGUGAUCAAUUGAAAUCUAUUAGGCAAGACCUUACUGUUCAGAGGAUUCAGAACGAGCUGACUGUCAAGGUUUAUGAAACUCAUGCACGCCUAGCACUUCAAGCUGGAGAUUUGUCCGAAUAUAAUCAGUGCCAAUCUCAACUGACGAGAUUAUAUGGUGAAGGAAUCCCAGGCUGUCAUCUUGAGUUCUCCGCUUACAACUUGUUGUGUGUCAUGUUACACUCUAAUAACAAAAGAGACUUGCUUUCAUCCAUGGCAAGCUUGUCAAAGGAGGCCAGGCUAGACAAAACAGUCAAGCAUGCACUUGCAGUUCAUUCUGCUGUUUCAUCUGGAAACUAUGUCAUGUUCUUUAAAUUAUACAAGAAGGCACCUGGCUUGAACUCAUGUCUUAUGGACCUCUAUGUUGAGAGGAUGCGUUUUGAGGCAAUAAAAUGCAUGUCAAAAUCUUAUCGGCCAACUGUGCCUGUGAGAUAUGCUACACGAGCUUUGGGAUUCACAAGAGUCGAUGAACUCUGUGAGGCUAACGUGGCUGAUGGAUUGGAAGAAUGCGAGGAAUGGUUAAGAGCACAUGGUGCUGUUCUUGCAGUAGAUGAAAAUAACGGAGAGUUACAGAUAGACACAAAGGUCUCUUCUGCUUCUCUAUACAUGCCGGAGCCUGAUAAUGCUGUUUCACAUGGUGAUGCAUCUCUUGCCGUAGAUGAUUUUUUGGCGCGAGCAUCAUAAAGAAUGUUAUGGUGAUUGGGACAUGCAGAUGAAAUGGAUCACGGAUGAAGGGUAUGCACUGGCUCUUGCAACGAAUUGGCUUCACAAACAGAAAGCAUGCAGCAUGUGAGUAGGCAACCUUUUGGUAGCCUCACAUUGUGCUCUAAUGCCGUUGGAUGACUUGGAUCUAUUGGCAAGUUCUGAUAAGCGAUAACUCUCCAGCUCUAUGGGUCCCAUAUCACGAUCAAAAGUAUGGGCAGCACUAACAGACAUGAAUCACCUGGUAAAAGUUAUAUAUAGGUCUGAGCAUUGCUUUUGCACUGCCUGCUAGACAUAAGUAUAUGUUGGUGAGAAUGUGGUCGACCCAGUUCAGUGUGUUGUACAAUUUUUGUUCACAUAGGUGUUGCUCGAUGUCAGUUUUCGUCAAAUUCGACAAUACUGAUACUCUGAAAUUUUGUUCCCUCAUUUUCUCAGGAGAAGUCACAUAUUUCGCAGGGUUAGAACUCGUGGUAAGAGUGACUAAUGUUUCAUUUUCUGUUACCAUGUAGUGGACCGUUGUAAACUGCACAACAAUGAAUAUGCAAGUUUGUUUGUUGUCUUGUGUUCUGAGUUGGAAGAUGUUUUCUUUUCUU